AUUCUUGCCCAUUUUAUUUCUUAAUUUUGAAGCAUGGAACUGUUCAACCAAAAAAAAAAAAAAAAUUCUUCUUUGUAUACAAACCGGCGUCGUUUAAGGUCAACCAUAUAAUAAUUUCCAUUCUCACUUUAUUUAAAAAGCCUGAGCACGUGUAAACAACACCUAAGGGGGGUUAUACUUGUAAAUUAAAAUACACAUUUAUGGUAAUUUCGACUUUUUCUCCACCCCUGGUAAGUGCUUGUUCAUUUAUUACUCACAACAAGAAGAAAAAAGCGCCAAAGUUAGUUUUCUUAUCCGGCGAGUUUUCUCUCUCUCUAUCUCUCUCUAUCAGCUAACAAUCACAAGAAGAAGAAGUAAAGGUCGAUGACUUCGGGGACUAGAACGCCGACGUGGAAAGAGAGAGAGAACAACAAACGGCGAGAGCGGCGGAGACGUGCGAUUGCGGCAAAGAUAUUCGCGGGGCUUAGGAUACAUGGGACCUUCAAGCUACCUAAACACUGCGAUAACAACGAAGUUCUUAAAGCUUUAUGCAACGAAGCUGGUUGGACCGUCGAAGACGACGGAACUACUUACCGGAAGGGAUGCAAACCAACGGAUCGAAUGGAACUCAUGAAUGGUUCCACUUCAGCGAGUCCAUGCUCAUCGUACCAACCUAGCCCUCGUGACUCCUACAAUCCAAGCCCUUCAUCUUCCUCAUUCCCUAGUCCUACAAACCCAUUUGGUGAUGCUAACUCACUUAUCCCUUGGCUCAAAAACCUCUCUUCAAACUCACCUUCCAAGCUUCCUUUCUUCAAUGGAAACUCUAUAAGCGCUCCCGUGACUCCACCAUUGGCUCGAAGCCCUACUUAUGAUCAAGUUACAAUCCCUGACUCUGGAUGGCUCUCUGGAAUGCAAACCCCACAGAGCGGACCAUCUUCUCCUACUUUCAGCUUGGUUUCGAGAAACCCAUUUUUCGACAAAGAGGCUUUUAAAAUGGGAGAUAGUAGUUCACCAAUGUGGACUCCUGGACAAAGUGGAAACUGCUCUCCAGCUAUUCCUGCUGGUGUUGAUCAAAAUUCUGAUGUACCAAUGGCUGAUGGAAUGGCGGCAGAGUUUGCGUUUGGAAUGGUGAAGCCUUGGGAAGGAGAAAGGAUACAUGGAGAAUGCGUUUCAGAUGAUUUAGAACUUACACUUGGAAACUCAAGAACCAGAUGAUGGUUUCAAAGAAGUAUCAACGGCGUUUGCUACAUAUCAACCUUCUUAUCAAAUUAAUUCAUCUCUUACUUUCCUUUCCAUCUUUUGUCUGUUUUCUUUUUAAUUCAGUGUGAUGAUAAAAGGUAAGAAAAAGAAACAUUUCGAACUCUUUUUUCUUGUGGUCUUUUGACUGAAGUUGUAGUUAAAUUUUAUUUCAUCUCUCCAUGUUUUUUUAAUUAUUUGUAGAAAGUCGAUUUGAGAUUGGUAAUGUUGUUAUUAUAGUGGAAAAUUCAUAUAAAAUAUUGAAGCCAAAUUGGACUUUUA